CUCUUUCAACAAACCAUGUUUGGUUCUUUUUGUUCAGAGAUCCGAGCCCAACUGGUGGAACAGCAGAAAUGUCUGGAGCAGCAGACGGACAUGAGGGUCCAGCUCCUUCAGGACCUUCAGGACUUCUUCCGCAAGAAGUCCGAGAUCGAGAUGGAGUACUCGCGCAACCUGGAGAAGCUCGCCGAACGCUUUAUGGCCAAGACCAGGAGUACCAAGGACCAUCAGCAAUAUAAGAAAGACCAGAAUCUGCUGUCUCCGGUCAACUGCUGGUAUCUGUUGCUGAACCAGGUUCGACGGGAGAGCAAAGACCAUGCGACUCUGAGCGACAUUUACCUGAACAACGUCAUCAUGCGCUUCAUGCAGAUUAGUGAAGACUCCACGCGUCUUCUGAAAAAGAGUAAAGAAAUCACCUUUCAAAUGCAAGAGGAUUUGAUGAAAGUCCUCAACGAGCUCUACACGGUGAUGAAGACGUAUCACAUGUACCACACGGAGAGCAUCAGUGCAGAAAGCAAACUGAAGGAGGCUGAGAAACAAGAAGAGAAGCAGUUUAGCAAGUCUGGAGACCUCAAUGUCAACCUCCUGCGCCACGAGGACAGACCCCAGCGCCGCAGCUCGGUCAGGAAGAUUGAGAAGAUGAAGGAGAAGAGACAGGCCAAGUACUCAGAGAACAAGCUGAAGUCGAUCAAAGCUCGGAACGAAUACCUGCUGACGCUCGAAGCCACUAAUGCUUCAAUCUUCAAGUAUUACAUUCACGACUUGUCUGAUUUAAUAGACUGUUGUGAUCUGGGAUAUCAUGCCUCUCUGAACCGGGCUCUGCGGACCUACCUCUCAGCUGAAUAUAACCUGGAGACGUCUCGUCACGAGGGCCUGGACAUCAUUGAGAAUGCAGUGGACAGUCUGGACCCCCGUAGUGACCGCCAGCGCUUCAUGGAAAUGUACCCUACCGCUUUCUGCCCGCCUGUUAAAUUUGAGUUUCAGCCACAUAUGGGAGAUGAGGUGUGUCAGAUCACGGCCCAGCCUCCAGUGCAAGCAGAGCUUCUCCUGAGGUUCCAGCAGCUUCAAUCUCGUCUGGCCACCCUAAAGAUCGAGAACGAAGAGAUCAAGAAGACCUCAGAGGCCACUCUCACUACUAUCCAGGACAUGGUGACCAUCGAGGACUAUGACGUGUCUGAAUGUUUUCACCACAGCCGCUCCACUGAAUCAGUCAAGUCCACCGUGUCGGAAACCUACCUCAGCAAGCCGAGCAUUGCCAAGAGACGCGCCAACCAACAGGAGACGGAGCAGUUCUAUUUCAUGAAGUUUCGCGAAUAUCUGGAGGGCAGCAAUCUUAUCACUAAGCUUCAGGCAAAGCAUGAUCUGCUGAAGAGGACCCUCGGUGAUGGUUACCGGCCUGAGUAUGCAACUACAAGCCGUGGACGACGGAACUCACACACAAGGCACCAGGACUCUGGACAAGCAAUACCGAGAGUUGUUGAGAGCUGUAUUCGAUUCAUCAAUCUGUAUGGCCUUCAGCAUCAAGGAAUAUUCAGAGUGUCUGGAUCUCAAGUUGAAGUCAAUGAUAUCAAGAACUCUUUUGAGAGAGGUAAUGAUCCUCUGACAGAUGAAGAGAAUAACCACGAUAUCAACUCUGUCGCGGGAGUUUUGAAACUCUACUUUCGAGGUUUGGAGAACCCUCUGUUUCCAAAGGAAAGGUUUAGUGAUCUCAUCUCUUGUGUCAAGAUGGAAAAUAUGACAGAAAAAGUAGCGCAGAUAAAGAUCAUAAUCUCGUCCUUCCCCAGACCAGUCAUCAUAGUGAUGCGGUAUCUCUUCGCCUUCCUUCAUCAUGUCUCUCAGUACAGUGAUGAGAACAUGAUGCAGCCAUAUAACCUGGCCGUGUGCUUCGGACCCAGUCUGCUCAGAGGGGUGGAGAUGGGUGGUGAUGAAGUGACACUGGCACCUCAGAUCAAUGACCUUGUUAAGACAAUGAUCAUCCAUCAUGAGAGCAUUUUCCCUGGGCCUUCAGAACUCCCGGGCCCUGUCUAUGAGAAAUGCAUGACUCUAGAGCAGGAGUACUGUGAACCUAUAACAGAAGAGGGCGAGGGAGACACUGAACAUCUCCCCAGUGAAGAUGAGUGGGAGGCUGUGGCCAUGUUUGAUUAUGUUGCACGCUCUGCAGCCGAGCUGUCGUUCAAGCAGGGUGACCACCUCCUACUACACAGCAAGGCCUCUGCUGAUUGGUGGAGAGGGGAAGUAGGAGGAGUAAAAGGCCUGAUCCCCCAUAAAUACAUCAGUGUGGUAGAAGGGUGAGAAAUAACUUCACUAUAAACUGGAUGAACUUCCUUCAAACAUUUCGUGGAUAUUACUAUUAGAGUAGCUCUGUUUUAAAACUUAGUGAAGGUUUUCUUCACACAAUGUUUAUGUAUAUAUUUUUAUAUAUGUAUACACACACACACACACACACUGGGUGAAAUAAUCUGUUACACUCAAUAUACUCAGUAAUGAAUUUUGCCUCUAUGGACAACUCAUUAGGUUUUGCAACAGAGCUAAUGAGUACAAUUUGCUAACCAAAACAGCU